AUGAUCAGCACAAAUGGUGAGAUGCACAUCCCUUCUUGCAAUGAGGACAAGCAGCUAACACUGGAUUCCCAGGCAAAACAAUCACUCGAAGAGCUUCCGAACGAAGUACUCCUCAGCAUCCUGUUCCAGAUUUCCGAUAAAAAGUCACUCCGGUCCCUGGUCCUUGCAUCCCCAGCAUGCCAUGCAGUCUAUCUCACGGUGCGAAGGAAGGUGCUCUACUGCAUCCUGAAAAGACAAUACAGCCAAUUCCUCCCCGACCUGUCGGAAGCGAUUGCAGUCAUCCGAUCUAAAGGUCUAUACAUGGAGGCGGACGGAGAAAAAGCGAUUGCCUUCUUGGACAGCUGGCGUCGUCGAGACGAGAUCCGGGAACUCAACUUGACACCAACCACCCAACUGUACGAGCCCAGCAGUCUAGAAGAGAUCAUCGAGCUAUUUCGUUUCUAUCAUGAAAUGGAUUUCUUUGUAGAUGACUACUCGAAGAAUGUGCCUCGUCCGACGUGGAUGAACGCCAACAAGUGGCACAAUGAAGUCCUCCCCCUAACCCUGUCUGCGACGGAAAAGUUGCGAAUUUUCAAAGCCUUGUGUCGACUUCAGCUUGAUGCUCAUAUCUUUGGAAGGGUUGAGGAGUCGCCAUUUGGCGAGGUCAGGAGAUUCAGUAAGGACUUGUUCAGUAAUGACUUGGAUCUUUUCUUUCAAGAGGAUGCAUGGCGUUUGUUCUUCGGGACCAUGGCUCCUUGGGAGUGGCAAGAAAUGGGAUGUGUUUGGGAGUACCUGGGAACCAAGCUCAAUCCCGUCUACGAGGAAAUAUACAACAGCCUGAAGGACUGUGGCUGCGACUAUUUCAGGGAUCUUCCAAAGGAUCAGCGACUACCAGGGCGUGUGCUCAAGACUCUCACGGAUCUGACGAGACUCCGCUUUCAUACCGAAACGUUCCUUUCUCUCGGCCCCAGGUUUAUCUACAAGGUUGUUCAUGGUCCCUUUAUGGACCGGCGCAAUUGGAUCGCGGCCAAUGCAGGAGUACAUGUGGUGACACCAAUCUUCGACUGGUGGAAGCCUUGGGAUAGAAGGCCAGAAUUUCUAUACCCUGCCGACAAGUACGACCUGCAUAAUAUUGGAGCGUGCGUAUCUGGACUCCCAUCCACCGAGCAACCCAACUACGGCUGGAUAACGAGAGUGGUGAAAAGUCUUGAUACGACUAGCGAAGACACGUUCUGGCGGACUAUGGAAGAUAGCCCGUGGCCACGUGAGCAAUGGAGGUGGGGAUAUGCCAUCUGGGACAGUGUGAAGCUGAAGGAAUGGAAAGCGCAUUUGAUGAAGUUUUGA